AAUGUCGCCUCCGGGCUCGCCCAUGCUCGGACCCGCACGUCCCUCGCACGCCAAGAAGCGCGACGCGUCCUACAUCCCGCGCCCCCCGAACGCCUUCAUCCUCUUCCGCUCGUCCUUCAUCCGCGCCCAGCACAUCCCGGGGGCGAUCGAGGGCAAUCACAGCGCGCUCUCCAAGAUCAUAGGCAAGUGCUGGAAGGCCCUGCCGCGCGAGGAGCGCAUGGUGUGGGAAGCGAAGGCCGUCACCGCGCUCGCUGAGCACCGCAAGAAGUACCCGGACUGGCGGUUCAAGCCUGCGGCGAACGCGCUCGCGAAGGUGAAGGACGGACCGCGCAAGAGGAGCAAUCGGAAGGGGAGGGGGCAGUCCGAGAAGGAGGAGCGGAGCCGCGAGAAGAGGUGCGCCAAGAUCGCCGAUUUGCUCGUAGCGGGGAAGACCGGCACGGACCUAGCGGCCGCGAUCGAGCAGUACGACUGCGACGAAGACCGUGGCCGCAAGCCCAAGGAGGAAGCAGAGGGCGUGCCCGCCGUGCCAGUGCCGAAGGCCAUGCGUGUCGGCGGCGCGCGCGAGGACGUCAAAGUGCACGUCGCGGACACGAUGCAGAAUGCCGACGCGGACCCCAACGCGUUCGUUGGGGAGAGCCCUGCCUCCAAGGGCGCGGUGCUUCGCUCCUCCGCCGACGGCCGUUUCAAAGUCCCGCUCACCUCGAUGUUCAAGCGAUCUUCCUCCGCCCCAGCCCCGCGUGCGCGCGCGCCUAGCCCGGACAUGCAGCAGAUCGCCGCGCAACGCCGUGAGUCCGUCUGUGGGGGUGCCCCAUACUUUGCUCGCGCGAGCAGUUUUGGCAGCUUCGCAGACCCGCGCGGCGACACGCUGUGCGCCAGCCGUCCCACCGGCGCGCCACGUGAACGCCCAGGGCAGGCUGCCGGGGACAGCGUGUCUGCAAACGCUGCAUACCCGCUCGCGCCCCCGCGGAGUGCUGACGGAGCCAUCGGAGUUCACGACGUAUACGCGUGCAAUGUCGCCGGAAGCGCGUGCGUGAGCCCUCCUCUCCCGGCCAUCGAAUUCGACAUGGACGGCAUGGACACGCCUGCGCUCUCCCCUGUCGUGACACCCUCUGCGUAUGGUUGGCACUGCGACUCCGACGCCGGCAGUCCGAACAGCAUCUCGGACAUGAUGGGGGAGGCGUACGCAGCGCCGUCCCCCUCCUCGUACUCCUCGCUCGAAGGCUGGGCUGGGAGUCCCCUGCCAUAUCAAGCAUCCCCCAUCAUGUCCGCUAUCCCCAAAGGUUUCGAUUACGUCGAGGAACCCGGUUCUCCCAGCGUCAUGGAGAAGGCCUUUGACGCCGCUACUUGCGCCGCUUUCGGAAUCGGGAACUGGAACGCGCCGUUCGGGGUGGGCGUGGUCGGUCCCGCACCAUCGCCCUACGCUUGGCCCGCGGAUGCGUCUUUUGGCUACGAUUUCGCCGCCGGGUACUGUCCCCAGGGCGAUUUCUAAUUGUCCAUCCAAUCCCCACCACUGCAGCCGUCUCGCAGCACGGUCAGUCCUGUCACCUCUCGUUCGAUAGAAUGUGCGCGGCGCCUCGCCCGCACGCGUCUCUUCCCUCUCUAGUGCCCGUUCAGCGUCCCUUUUUGGUCUCCGGUUUUUCCGCUCUAUGCCGUCUUUCUAUGUUAUCACCUCGCUCUCGCUCCCGCUCCCGUCUCCGACUCCCGGUGAUUCAACUCACCGCGCGUUCCGCCUCCUGGCUCUUUCUUGUGGCGCAAUACACGACGAUCGUCCGCGCCUCUGUCUAUACGACAUGCGGUGGGAGCGCAGGACGGAGAUAGAGCCCUUCGCCGUCCAUGUCCUCCACCUCGCAUACCCUGUCUCGUUUCAUUUCGUGGCGUCCGGCUUGUACGAUAUGCACUCUCCGCUGUACGACCAUGUUACGUAUGCCCGUUAUGCCCCCGACCCCGAGCGGCUGGUGUCCGCACGGGCCCCGCCGCGCGCUCCUGCGUCGGUACGUUAUUUUCUGUACACCAU